UUCCUUUGCCUGACCUCUUGUUCCCGGUUUACGUCACUUCCGGUGCUCGCUCUCCUCCUUCCCUGCUAAUCGCCGGCUGUGGACAGGUGUCCCGGUGAUCGCAGCCUGUUUUCUGUCACCCGGUGAACGCGUAUUCGUUAUCGGUUGCCGCCUCGCACCUCUCGCUGUCAUUAGUCAUGGCAGAGUUUGAUGUCUUCGGCUCGGUUGGUAACGGCGUGUCAGUUGAGGAGGACCCGGCCGCCGCCUUCCUCGCCCAGCAGGAGAGCGAGAUCGCCGGCAUCGAGAAUGACGAGGGCUUCAGCAUCCUGGACAGCGGGGAACUGCCCGGGUCCAUGCAGUCGGUGGACGGAGCUGCAGAUCCCGUAAUGAAUGGUGACUUUUAUCAGGAAACCAAUGGACCAACUGAUAGUUAUGCAGCGAUUUCACAAGUCGAUCGCUUGCAGUCUGAGCCUGAAAGCAUUCGCAAAUGGAGAGAGGAGCAAAGGAGCCGCUUAGAAGUACUUGAUGCUAACUCUAUAAAACAAGAAUCCGAGUGGAAAGAGAAGGCUGCCAAGGAGCUCGAUGAGUGGUAUGCCAGGCAAGAUGAACUGUUACAGAAAACAAAAGUCAAUAAUCGGGUGGCAGAUGAAGCUUUCUACAAACAACCCUUCGCUGACGUGAUUGGUUAUGUCACACACAUAAACCAUCCUUGCUACAGCCUAGAACAGGCGGCUGAAGAGGCUUUUGUCAGCGAUGUUGAAGAAAUCACUCCUGGCACGGAAUGGGAACGUGUUGCCCGUCUUUGUGACUUUAAUCCCAAAUCGAGCAAGCAGGCAAAAGACGUGUCUCGCAUGCGCUCCGUCUUGAUUUCACUAAAGCAGGCUCCACUUGUUCGCUGAAACCAGAGCACAUCAAAAACAGGACACUUCCAAUAUUUUAAUCUGUACUCGGAGAAGCUAUGUUUGAUUAUUUUACCUUAUUUUUCCCUCCCCUUUUUGGGACCAAACCUGCUGUUGUACUUGGCAUUGAUUUAUUGUGUGUAAUUGUUUCUCCCUUGUACUUGGAUAAGAGAUUUGGGAGUGAACCCGAUCAUAGUUUCACAGUGCGCUUCUGUGUAAUAUGAAUUGUCAUCCGUUUUUGAUUUGUGCUAAAUUGUAAUAGUGAUAUUAAAUAUCUAUAAAGAGGACCAUAUUUACUCGUA